AUGCGACAUCCGAAGCUAUCGUUGAAGAAAUAUUUCUACUUUACCUUGAUUUGUGCACUUUUAUUAAUAUUCGGUUUCAAUCUCAAAGAGCCACAUGUGCUAUGGAAAACCAAAACGAAACAACAGCCGCAGCCGCAGCCACAGCCACAGCCGCAGCCACAACAGUCGCGUCAACAUGACUUGCCUCAGCAGGACAAUGAGCUGAAAGAGGAGGAUGCUACUGUUGUCCACGUUGUGGCAGUACCCACAGCUGCGCCCACGCAAGCCAAGCUGGAACUGGAGGCGGACUCGCUUGAGGUUGACAAGCAGCCAGAGCUUACGGCCACCGCCAAGCCUUGGUUCUUUCGCAAUGGCGAGUACUAUCCGAAGCCAGCCAAGAGUUUUAGCAAUCGAAAGGCGCGCAAGCUGCAUGCACCCAAGCUCUUUCCCCAUCAGGAUCCGCACAGCGAUCGUGUAGUCAAUCAGCUUAUGUAUGUUCCACACAACUAUGAGCAAAUCAAAGCCAGCGGAAAACUGAAAACCAUUCUACUCUACAACGGCCUGGGUCCCUGGAAUGUCAAAAAGGGUCGCGAGGUCUUUCUGCGCGCCAAGUGUCCUGUGGACACUUGUGAGCUCACCGCGAAUCGCGAGCUGGCCAGCGUGGCCGACAUGAUACUCUACAAGGAUAAUUACAUACCCACGGGCAUACGUCGACCUAAUAAUCAGAAGCAGGUCAGCAUGAUGUAUUACCUCGAGUGUCCCUAUCACACGCAGAAUGUCAAAGUGCCCGAUGCCAUCAACUGGACAGCUACGUACAGACGCGAUAGCACGGUCAUGGCGCCCUACGAGAAAUGGCAGUACUAUGAUGUCAAGGUGCAGCAGCAGGAGCAGGAUCACAAUUAUGCCACAAAUAAAACCAAAAAGGUGGCCUGGUUUGUCUCCAACUGUGGUGCGCGCAAUGGCCGGCUUCAGUAUGCGCAUGAGCUGCAGAAACAUAUUGAGGUGGACAUUUAUGGCGCUUGUGGCAACUACAAGUGUCCGCGAAGCACGGCGGACAAGUGCUUCGAUAUAUUGGACAACGAUUACAAGUUUUAUCUGGCGUUUGAAAAUUCUAACUGCAAGGAUUACAUAACGGAAAAGUUCUUUGUCAAUGCGCUGAAUCGCAAGGUACUGCCCAUUGUAAUGGGGGCACGACCGGAAGACUAUGAAGUAAGUGCACCGCGUCGCUCCUACAUACACGUGGAUGAGUUUGCAUCGCCCAAGGAGCUUGCCGAGUAUCUGAAUAUACUCGACAAGGACGAUGAGCUCUACAAUACCUACUUCAAAUGGAAGAACACUGGCGAGUUUAUUAACACCUACUAUUGGUGCCGCGUCUGCUCCACGCUGCAUAACGAGGAGCAGCUGCGAAAGCCCAGCUGGUACAGCGACAUCAAUGAAUGGUGGCGUGGCGUGGGCGUCUGCACUUCGGGCUCCUGGCGAAAUUUCAAGGCGCGCAAGGAUGUUAUAAGCGAUGACUGAGUUGGGCAUGUGGUCCAUAUAUUGGACGGCGCUGGCGUUAUAACAUAAUCAAAAUUCAAUAUAUUGUUGUUGUUUUUUGUAGCUAUGUGUAAAGCGUCGCUGCGUUGCUGUAACGUAGCUAACGCAACUGUUUUCUAGUUAGAACUAGUAAGUAUACAGCCUGAGAGCGAGUUCACAUUCAAAAUCAAACGAGCAUGGCACAAAAUCCGAGAAGCGGAAUAAACAUGUUCCUUCCAGGUAGCAAACAAAAAAUAGAAAAGUUCUGCAAAGAAAGUGCAUAGUAACUAGCCUAUAGACUAAAGAUUCACAACGGUUGGAUCAUUGUAACAUAUACAAUACCAAACACACAAAAACUUAAGAGAACUUAGAACUUAAUAUUAUAAUGAUAUACAAAUUAAAUUAAUAUCUAGCUGUAAGUUAUUUAAAAACGCAAGUCCAAGUCUAACGCCCAGGCAACUACAAACAUGUUCUGUAGUCGAAUGGAGCUAUAGCUUAUAUAUACAUAUGUGUGUAGAGUUCAAAGCCAAAGCCAAUAGAGAGCUAUGUGCAGCUUUUGUAAGCAAACCUUUUUUGUAAGCAAACCCAUUCGAGAAAAAAAAAAUAGUACUGCGCUUCAAAUAAAUAAUUUUAGACAUAACAACUAUGCUUUUCAGCUUCUACUAAUCAAUGCACAAAUCGAAAAUCGCUUUUAGAGAAAGGUUUCCAGCUUUAGUCUGUCUGCUUUCUCCCCAAAGCUUACACUUAGUUCUUACUAACUAGUACUAUAUAUCAACUAUAUCAUACAAGUAGCAGCUAUAAGUACUAAGGCUUUUCAUCAUUUACUAUACUUUGCAAUAUCUGUAACGUGCAUAAAUGUUAAAUGUUAAUUUUAGUUGUGAAUUGA